GCUGAGGCAGAUGGUGUAGAUGUCGUGGAAGAUAUCACCAAGGGUCUUCUCACACUAAACUUGGAGACUAAAGUAGAUGGUCAGCAAGACGUAGAAACUACCGAGGGAAUGCUGGAGCAAAGUACGUCUGGGUCUGCCGAUUCUUCAAGUACAUCACCUUCUACACCAACAUCUACGACCAAGCGCGCUUCCCAGUCGGCAGAACUGAAGAGUCUCUUCAAAAAUUUGAAGAAAAUCCUACCAACGGAUGAAGGAGCAGAGCGCCAUGUAAUGCCGAGUUGGUUCUCAAGAAACGAAAAAGCAAGAAAGAGGGCACUCGAUUCUGUCGAUGCGGGUUUAACGCUAGUAAGAAUGCUGACCGAGCACGCGGAGCCAGAAAGGUUCUUAGGCGAUCUGUUUGCCACUUUGGAGAAUGACGAUCCCUUAUCUGCUCCUUUGAGUGCUGCACCGGCAGGAGUUCCAAGUUCGACUUCGACGAUUCCAACUACCAGCCGCGACAAUUAUCGAAGUGGACCCUCUUUUUUGCGCCGUGUUGUCGAUGCCUAUUACACUCAAGGUGAUGCUGCGUUUCUCGCAGAUGUCCUCACACCUCACUUGUAUAAUUGGGAAAAGAUGCUACAGAACUGGUACGAGGAAUAUACUGGAGGUAUCAAAACGCCCAAAGAGAAG